AUGUGCCAAUUCCUCUUAGGCGGCAAGCAUCCGUAUCGAGAACUAAAGGUGAGUGGCUGUCGAGAAGGAUUGUAUGAAUACACCAGGUUGCCAUUUGGUUUGAAGGUUGCCCCUCCUAUAUUUCAGAGCACUAUUGAUCAAGUCAUUAGGGAAUCCUAA